UGAUUCCCUUGACAAAAUCCACGUAGUACCCAAAACGACACCGUUCGAUAGUUUCUUUCCCUUCCUCAGUUCUUUUACCAAUGGCAAAUUGCCCGCAGAAAAACACGAAAAAAAAAAAAGAAGAAAGAAAUUUAAAUUUAAAAAAAGUUACAAAUCUGAAGAAAAAUCUAAGCAAACAAAUCCAAAACAAAGCAUCUCAUUACAUUGUUAUUCACAACAAAAAGCUCAUAGCUUUGGCUUUUUUUCUAUACACGUACAUAUGUUAAUGCAUGUGUUUGGAAACUACAAAGAUGAAUAAAACUAGGAGGAAUAUGGGAAAGAACACAUGAAACUGAGCUACCCCUCAAUGUUCUUUACUUUUUAAAUCCAUUUUUGAGCACAAAUAUGGCUGAUGAUUUUUGUUUUUUCACCAAGGACUCGUUCACCAUAAAGCCACCAAAGACAUCUCCGAUGAUGCUGAGAAUGGUGGUCUUAAUCUUUGCAAUGGUAUGUGGAGUUUAUAUAUGUUCAGUCGGCCUAAAACAAAUUGGUGUGAGUUCCAGUGGACGGUUAUUAAGUAUUCAUGUGGUUGAAAAGCCAUGUGAGGCAACUGAUAUUGAACCUUCAGAAAAACCAUAUGUGCACUUUCCCAAGCCAAAGACUUUUAGCCGGGCUGAAUGUGCUUGCAAUCCUGUAAGGUAUUUUGCAAUAUUAUCGACACAGAGAUCUGGUAGUGGCUGGUUCGAGACAUUGUUAAACAGUCAUAUGAAUAUAAGUUCUAAUGGAGAGAUUUUUUCUGUUAAAGUCCGGAAAAGUAACGUGUCCACAAUUUUGGAAACUCUGGACAAACUUUAUAACCUAGACUUUUUGACGAGUGCUUCCAAGAAUGAAUGUACUGCUGCAGUUGGACUCAAGUGGAUGCUUAAUCAGGGUCUGAUGCAGCAUCAUGAGCAAAUUGUUGAAUAUUUUAAAACAAGAGGAGUUUCUGUUAUUUUCCUCUUCAGAAGAAAUCUAUUGCGCAGAAUGGUUUCGAUGCUAGCAAAUUCCUAUGAUCAGAAUGCUAAGCUGUUAAAUGGAACCCACAAGUCUCAUACGCAUUCUCCCAAGGAGGCUGAGAUACUCGCAAGUUACAAGCCCACGGUAAACACAACUUUGCUGAUCCCCAACCUGAAGCAAGUAGACGACAUGGCUAUAAAAGCUGUGGGAUACUUCAAUAGCACUCGACAUACUAUAUUGUACUACGAGGACAUAAUAAAGAAUCAAACGAUACUUAACGAUGUUCAAGACUUCCUGAAAGUUCCUAGAAGGGACCUUCAUAGUCGUCAAGUGAAGAUACACAAGGGUCCCUUGUCUUCACAAGUUGAAAAUUGGGUUGAUGUUGAAAAGACACUCAAGGGAACGCCGUACGAAAGCUUCCUACAUGCAGAUUACAAAAUAUAGAUUUGCAGUCAUCGUGUACAGAUGUAGCUUGUGUUGUUCAACUCAAUUCUUUCAUUAUUUACUGUUAGGGAGAAGCUCUACCACUUGAUCUUAGCCAAAAGGCCGAGAAAGGUAUUACUUGGUAGCAGAUUUUGGUAGCUGCAGAUUGUUUUCUAGUUCUGCCAUACCAGGUAAUGAGUGUUGUCUUGGACGCUUGAUUUUAACAUUAAGUAGAAAUUUACUUGAAAUUUCUUUGCUUUUCGACAAGUUAGGAACUUGUAACCGAUAUGAUUAAAAAUAUUUGCUAAUUUUGUUAUCAAUGUUUCUUUCCUUUCUCCUUCCAGAAAGGGAAGAGUAAUUAAGUGUUGCUUUACAAU